AUGGAAGAGCGAAUUGAUCAAAACAGCCGUGAUUCGACUGAGGGAGAGAGCGUGUCCCUCUCCCCAAAUCUACCAUCUCCUCCAAUUUUGCCCCACCAGGCAGCACAGCAAGUACACAGAACCACAAACUUUUUUAUUGACAAUAUUCUGCGGCCAGACUUCGGCUGCAAGAAGGAGCUUGGGAGUCGGGAGCGGGCGCAGACCUCGGGCAGAGAAAACGUCAACCCCUUGGUAAUCAGGCCAUCUCACGCGAGUAGCCUUUGCCAGGAUUCCAACUGCAGUAGUGACAGUACUUCUUCGUCGUCGUCCUCGCCGUCUUCGAAACAGAGCUCGACAAAACAAGGUGAAGGGAAUGGGACUACCACGACGAGAUAUGGAGACACCGCGUCUAUAGUGGUUGUGAAUGCCAGUAAUGGAGGAUCUCCACCCGCUAAAGAAUCUACGCCGAUGUUAUGGCCUGCGUGGGUUUACUGCACGAGAUAUUCGGAUCGACCAUCAUCUGGUAUGGCGCUAGUUUCUGAAUAAUUUUACCCCUGCACGUCUGAAAUGUGAAAGUCCGUUAUUUUGGUUAUGUUAGGAGUAGGCCUAGCCUAUAGGCCAAUUUGAACAUCGUAAACAUCUCUCUCUCUCUCUCUCUCUCUCUCUCUCUCUCUCUCUCUCUCUCUCUCUCUCUCUCUCUCUCUCCCUCUCCCUCUCCCUCUCUCUUUCUCUCUCUUUCUCUCUCGCUUCGCUCCAUCUUAUAAAUUAAUUCAAUUCGUGAGCGUUACGCACGAUAGGCUAAAUGAAGAAACAUACCUUGCAAAAGCUAAUAAUAACAGUUGCCAAAACAACAAAUAAGGAUAGGCCUGGAUUAUCAUAGUAGGCUAGACUAGACAUAUGCCUAUAGUACUUGCCAUAAUAUCUCUAACAAUAACACACACAAACACACACACACAAUUGCCACUAUGUUUUGGUAAGAGCAUUUCAAACAAAACGAUUAAUAAGACCUGGUAGAACAUGUUAAGAAGAACAACUGGGCAGCAAUCUGAUUCUCCUCCCUAAUUUGUAUUUUUCUCCUCAAAACAAAACAAUGCCGAAAACUGGUCCGCCAUGUUAUCAUAUUGUUUAUGUAAAACUCAUUGAAAAGUUUUGCAUGGACAAGACAAACUUGAAAGGAGUGGACACCGAAACGUCCACUUUAACUGACCUCGUUUUGUUUUACUAUCUUGUUUUACUUCACACCAUAUGCCUAUACUGACUGUUAACUAUUAGGCAAGCCUUCGAUGUAGGCCGUCUCCAAAUCGGACAAAUUGCUAAAUAUGUACGAGAAAAAAAAAGGAUAGAUUAAUCAAAUAGUUUAGUCUAUAUUAUCUACAUAAUCCAACCAUCAUGUCGUUCGAUUAGGCUACAAUAGCUGAUUUAUUUUCACCUGACGAACAUAUUGAUGGGCCUAUGGUGUAAAUCAGGGGUUUGUAUAGACUGCCUUGUCAAUAUGAUUGGGGGUUUAUUUUCCACAAUCGUUAUGAACUUGACAUGGGAUUCAGAAUUCAGAAAAUAUGUAUUGAUUGACUAAAGUGAUUGAUUGACUGAUUAAGCUAUAAGAUUUAGUCCUAGGCUAUAUAACUUGAACAAAACACUAGGCCUAUUGGUUUCGAUAUCUUUCGGGAUUGAUAUCUGGUAAAACAAUGUAGGCCUACGAAAAUGGAAUUAACCGACAGACAAUAUAAUUGUUUUAGCUAAUCAAAUAGCCUAGGUUAUAUUUUCGGCAAGUAGGCCCUAGCCUAGCCUGUGUAUGUGCUUGCUAUUGUAGGCCUACUACUGUUAUUGUAUUCAGAAAAGUAGCCUAUAUCUGCAGGUAAACGUGACCUCUGUCGUUACAUGUUAAGCUAUUUUGGCCCGUGUUGUUCCAAAUUACAAAAUAAAGAUGACGUAGGCCUACAGUCCGUAACGCAGAUUAAAAUGUCCAAUCAAAGUAUAAGGCUAUAUAGGCUAGGUUUAUGCGCAAUAUCUCGUGUUUAUGAUAGCAGGAGAAGCCUAUAGUUGAGUUUCACACAAUACAGUAUCAAACUGUGAUUUAAACCGUAUUCUACAAUCAACUGACUGAAUUGGGAUCCGCAGCUUUUUUUUUUUUGCAAUAUACGGCCUAAUUGUGGUUUUUAUCCUAUAGAAAAUCGUUUUUUUCUGAAAUGACAGCCUACAUUUUGUUGUGUUGUCUGCGUUUUAGGAGAAGUCAAUAGAAUGGAUGAAUAGUAGGCCUAUAUUAGCUAUGCGCUAGGCCUAUAUAGCUGUUUGGUAACAAGUUUUCAGAAAGUGUGUAAUAAAAAGAGAAAUAAUUAGGCAAUAGGUUGAUAUAAUUGAAGGACUAGUAAAUUCGUAUUAAUAAUAACUUCAAUUGAGUAUACAAGUAUCUUCUUUAUCGCAAUAUUAGCACAGUGUAAAUGCUACAUUAUGAACCUCUCAGAUGUAAUUCUGUGUAAGUUACAUGGCUGUCGAUAGAAUAGCCAAGUAUCUCAAUACCAACUUGCAAAACAGUAGCCUUACGUUCCAGUGCAAUGGCGUUUUUGAUAGACCUAUUGCAAUGUAGGCCUAAGCAUAGCCUAGUGAAAUAGUAAGUAACCAAAUAUGUUGCCGUAUUUUGUUUACUUUUACAUUCAUGGCACCGAGUUUUUAUUACACACAUUGAUGGAAUAAGCUCGUUAACUGACGGAGAAAUAGUGGCUGAGCUGAGGCAUAGGCCUACUAUUGCUAAGGAUGACUUACGCCAUACUGUGUGUUCUCGUGCUUGCGCCGGUCUGCAGGUUUACAGAAGAAAAGGCAUGCAAGGCAACAAUAGUCUAUUAGUGAGUAUAGGCAUAUAGUUUGAUAUUAUAUUGAUGUUAUUGAUAUUACCCUACCUGUCUUAGGAAACGAUGAAAUUCGUAGACCACAUAUAGCCUAGGCCUAAACAUAUGCGUAAAAUAGGCACGCAAUCGAGGAUAACGGGCUUUCACACCACUAGGCCUACAUUUAAUUGUUUUGACGUUUCUUAUAUGUUUUUGGUUCUGUAUUAUGUCAUUGGAAGAUAUUUGUUACUGCAUUUCUUAGAUGAUGAAUAUUCAAAUGAUUAAAUUAGGUCAAUACAACUGUUUAUCAUUUAGCCUUUUUGAAAUGGGGGGGGGGCACACACUUUUUUGCACCUUGCGCCUGGGGUAAAAUGCUCGCAAUGACUGCAAACACACAGCAAACACACAUUUAGGCAUGAACAAUAUUUAUUACAUUGCAUUACUCCAUUGUUUUAGUAAUGUGUAAAUGAAUGUUUGUUGGGCCUAGGACUAACUGAUAUUUACGUGUUCGUUUCACUGUUGUUUCUACAUCAGGCCCAAGGACACGGAAAUUGAAAAAGAAGAAAAAUGAGAAAGAAGACAAGCGACCCAGAACCGCGUUUACGGCUGAACAGCUGCAGAGACUUAAGUCCGAGUUUCAGGCCAAUCGCUACAUAACAGAACAACGGAGACAGUCACUGGCCACAGAACUGAAUCUCAAUGAAUCCCAAAUAAAAAUUUGGUUUCAGAAUAAGAGGGCAAAAAUCAAAAAAGGGAAUGGCUACAAGAACGGCCUGGCUCUCCAACUCAUGGCCCAAGGACUGUACAACCAUUCCACAACGACGGUCCAAGAGGAGAAGGAUGAUAGCGAGUAA